AUGUCCCUCCCUCCCGACUACUCCAAUGAGAUAUCCGCCCUCGACCGCGAAGUCCUGAAGCACCAGCCCCACGACAUCCUGCAGUUCUGCGCCAACUUCUUCAACCGCCGAACCGAAGCCCUGCUGUCGCAGCAGCAUUCCAGCCCCCAAGGCCGUGCAGAGAGCAGCUUCCCCGGCAGCAACCCCUUUGGCACAUCCCCCAGCGGUGCUGGCUUCGCGAAGAGCCCCAUGCAGCGCCUCGAAGAAGAAGAGGAGCACGACAACAUGACGUCGCCCACCGCCGCGACCUUUGGCAACAUCGACUUCGGCAAGCCCCGCAGCAGCAACCCCGAUGCGGGCGCCUUUGGCAACUUUGGCGGCUUCGGCGGCUCCUCCAAGAACCAGAUCACCCAGAUGCCGCCCAUUGCGGGCGACGGCCAGAACUUCCCCAGCAACUACAACACCAACAGGCGCACCUCCGUCUCCGCCGAGUCGCUGAACCCCGCCACCUCCGACAGCGAGACCUUCACUCCGCCCUUCCACCAGAAGACGCCCGACCAGCUCACGCGACUCAAGGCAUCCGUCUCCGGCAACUUCCUGUUCUCGCAUCUCGACGACGACCAGGCCUCACAGGUGCUCGGCGCCCUGCACGAGAAGCCAAUACCGUCAAAGGGCAUAAAGGUCAUCCAGCAGGGCGAUGUGGGCGACUACUUCUAUGUGGUCGAGCGGGGCUCCUUCGACAUCUACCUGAACCCCUCCGGCAAGCUCGAGGCCGGCGCAGACGGUCUCGGCAACAAGGUGGGCACUGUCGGCUCCGGUGGCUCCUUUGGUGAGCUUGCGCUCAUGUACAACGCGCCCCGUGCUGCAACAGUCAUGUCGAGCGAGCCGUCCACCCUCUGGGCCCUCGAUCGUGUGACCUUCCGCCGCAUUCUCAUGGACAGCGCCUUCCAGCGACGCCGCUUGUACGAGGGCUUCCUCGAAGAGGUCCCUCUCCUUUCAAGCCUCACACCAUACGAGCGCUCGAAGAUCGCCGAUGCCCUCGAAACAAGGAAGUACCCGCCCGGCACCACCAUCAUCCAGGAAGGCGAUGUUGGUGAGUCAUUCUACAUACUUGAGUCUGGCGAAGCCGAAGUGUUCAUUCGCGGCGUCGACCAGGCCGUCAGGCGGUACAACAAGGGCGACUACUUUGGCGAGCUAGCUCUGCUCAACGACGCACCGCGCGCCGCUUCCGUAGUCAGCAAGACCGAGGUCAAGCUCGCUACCCUGGGCAAGCACGGCUUCCAGCGACUACUGGGGCCUGUCGAGGGCAUCAUGAGGCGAAACGACCCCAGCAAAGCCGGCUUCCACGGCGACCACGUCGACCCGCUGUCAAAGGCAACAUAA